ACAUUCUUCAUAUUUAUGGACAGCGCAGGAUUUUCAACAUGGAUGUAAAUGGCAAGGAUGUUAUCUACGAUUUGAAACCUAUGAAGAAUUAACUGGACAUGUUAGUGAAGGACAUAUUGGAUGCGGUAGAAGUCAGUAUGUUUGUUAUUGGGAGAGAUGUGAUCGGAAUGGACGUCCAUUCUCGCAACGUCAAAAGGUUAUGCGACAUAUUCAAACGCAUACUGCUAAUAUAAUGACUCAACAUAUGAGAACACAUACAGGAGAGCGUCCCUUUAAAUGUCCACAACCAAAUUGUGGUCGUGAAUUUUCUAUAUCUGGUGCACUAACCAUACACCUUCGAGUUCAUACUGGUGAAAAACCAUUUAAGUGCAAACAGGAAGGCUGUGUGAAACGGUUUGCUGAGUCAUCAAAUCUUACAAAACAUAUGCGAGUGCACACUGGUGAACGUCCAUUCCAAUGCCCUGAGGUAACAUGCAAAAAAAAAUUUUCACGAUCUGAUCAAGUAACUAGGCACCGGAAAACACAUUCAAGGCAAGAUGUUUUAUUCAAACACGUUCAUGAAGAAACGAUGACUCUUAAAGAUUCACUUUUAAAUACCAUAAGUGUUAAUAAAAAUAUUGUUUCUGAUAACAUGAAAACGGAAGAAGUAGAACUAGCUAAUCGAAAUGUAUCAACAGAUAUGGUCGCAACAAUGAACGAAAAAUCUGUUAUGCCCACACUUUUACACACACAUCCCAUAUCUGUUGACCACAAUGAUCAAUAUCUCGUGUUGAACAGAAGAUAUGGCGUUCUUAAUCGUGUGAAAUCCUUCGAUGAAUGCCAAAUGGAUCUUGGUGAUAAUGAAUAUUAUGAUGAUAAGAUAACUACGACUAGAAGAAAAGAAAUAACUGAGACAAAUAAUACAGAUUAUACUCUAAGAACAAAAGGUUGGAUGCCGAAAAGAAAUGGUAUCAUUCAACGCAUGACGAGCUUUGAUUAUAAUCAAACAAGAACUAGCAGUACGACAGGUUUCGAAGAUCACGAAAUAAUUGAUUCUGAAAUAUCUGACGAAGAACAGUUACCAUCGAAAACAUUCGAUUAUUUUUCAUUAUGUAAACCACAUGAAACUUGCACUAAUUAUAAAGCAGAUGAUGAAUUUAUUAUGAUUCCGUCUGAAGAAAGUAAAUUAGUUAAAAAUAUACUAGAGACAGAUAGUAUGGAAUAUGAUACAGACGAGGAAGAGGUCAUACUAGUUGAUUCAGAACAGGAAAUUUUGGAUAAGCAAUUUACCAGAAAAAAAGGAAUUUCAACCAUUUCAGAGUCCUCUUCCAUUAAAACCCAAGAAUUACCACAUAAUCAGGUCAAUUCCACUGAAUUUCCUACAGAGGAAACUGUUUCAUCUUGCGCAUCAGCUUCUCCUCCAUCCCCAACGUUUUUUCCUUCAAAUAUUUCAUUAAAUAUUUCACUUCAUGUUCCUAGUACUAAAUUAACUUCAAAUAAUCCUGAUACAAAAAUGUCGCCUUGGACUUCAGAUGAAGAUAAAUUACUUAUCGAUGCAGUACUAGAAUCAAUGACCCCUUCAUGGGUUCAAAUAUCUAAUAAUAUUAUGAUGCAACGCUCUGAAGAUGCGUGCAGAUUACGUUGGGCACGGUUAAAGAAAAGGUUGUAUGGAAGUGCUUGA